CGAUGUAAUUGCACAUGUUUGCGCCCCUAGUUCUUAUCCGUUUGAGGGGCAUAGUCGUGUGUUUUGGCCUAUUUUACGCCGGGUUGUACUAUUUUGUCAUGUUUCAGGUCCCAGGCGUCAAAGGGAAGGCUAACCACGAGUUUCGGGGCAUUUGGAAGUCACUUCGGUGAGCUGGAGCCAAAACACGGGCAGCCUAAAGCAUUACACGGCCGUGUACUGCUGGCCGUGCUUUUUAUGCCGAGAGCAAAUUCAGUUUGGCCAAUUCAGCUGCAAACACGGGCACCGAAGCACGGCCGUGUUCAGUCAAAGCACGACCGUGUACAUGGCGAAGCACGGCCGUGUUUAACCCACUUGCUGGCCGUGUAAUUAAGCCCUGGCCGAGGCACGGGCGGAGUCAGGCAAAGCACGGCCGUGCCCUCGACCGUGCUUUGGCCACUGAUGCUUUUAAGCAGAGUUUCAGCCACAAUUCAAGGGGAUUCGAGUUUUUGAGAGAGAGAUCAGUUCCUAGAGAGAGAAAGUGACGAGCAAGAGUUCCCAAGUGCCCUAGAUUAAUCUUCAACACCAUUGGAGGCCAGCUUGAGCUUGGAGAAGUGCCAAUCAACGUCCAGAAGCAGGAAUCCAUCCUUCGCAGUAUGAAUUCCGUGUCUGAUUCUGCUUUUGCUUUCUUCUCUAUGGAGUAGUUCUCCCAUUCAUCUGGGUAUGGAGAACCCUAGAUUUGUGUGUUAGGCUUUGAUUGUAUGAACCCAAGUACUGAUUCUAUGAUUGAUUAUAUUCGAUUGAGGUUUUAAUGAUUGAAUGACUUGAAUCCUGAUCAAAUUCCUGUUGUUUCUGCUUUAACCUAGAAUGAGAAUAUCUGCCUAGGUUAAUAGAGUAUCCUUGAUUGAAGGUAGGGAGUUGGUGACUUUAGUCGAGGAGCCAACUCACUAUUCUGUACCGGAUUUACUCCGGUAGUGGAGGUUUUGUUCUUAGGGCCUCAAUCUGUCGACUCCGGUGGAGGUUAGUCGCCCGCUAGAAAGUCAGAUUGAGAGGGUCUGAAGACCUUUAGUCGAGACUUCAGGCUGUUUAAGAACCUUCCGCAGUAUAACUGUCAUAGAAACUGAACUUGGUAAUUACAAUCCGGCUUAACUGCAGUCUAGGGGGAACCAUAUCCGGGUGACCUCUUUAACCUGAAUACAACCAGUUAACUUGCUUUGUUUGUUUGGUAGUUUAGACUUGCACUCCAGUUUUAUUGCUAGAUAACAAGAACUCACUGAGUAGUCAGCAAAUCUAGGACCCGGGUUGAUAAUUAAACCUAAACUCGCUACACUACGCUUUAGGAAGUGGUUACACUUGGCCAAUUCCUGGAGUGACAGUAGAGUCGAGUCAAGUUUUUGGCGCCGUUGCCGGGGACGGCUAGGUUGUUGAAGAAAAGUGAUUUCUGUUAAUUUAGCUUUUCUUUUUGCUUUGUUUUCUUUGUCCCACUUGUGCCUUCACGGGUUUGUUGCUUGAGUGUGUGCAGGUAGUGCAUGACCCGUAGCCAGUCGGGAGGUUUACUGCCGUUCAAUCCAGAGAUUGACCGCACCUGUCGCCAGCUCAGGAGACAACAGCGAGCUAGACUGGCUACGGAAGAGCGCAUAGACGGCCACGUGAACAGUGAUUCUGAAGAAGAGCACAGGAUGGACGGAGAGUAUAAUCCGCACCAGGGGAAUCCUCAUCAGGUUCCCCCGGCGAAUCAGGUCCUGGGGAACAACCCCAUACCCCAGGACCAUGGAGUUCAUCAUCCACCGCAGCCGGGUCCCACAUUGGAGUACUACUACACUCCGCGGAUUGCUGACAUCCGCCCGGUCAUCCUCUACCCGCCUAUCCCAGCAAACAACUUCGAGAUCAAGCCAUGCUGGAUUCAGCUCAUUACAUCUUCUAUCCAGUUCAAUGGCUUGAAGAAUGAGGAGGCCAGGGUGCAUCUUUCCCGUUUUCUGCAGCUAACAAACGGGUUCAAGCUGAAUGGUGUCCCGGAUGAUGCGAUCCGCCUUCAUCUCUUCCCCCAUUCUCUGGCGGGGAAUGCUAAGAGGUGGUUGGAGACCCAGCCCCCAUUGUCCAUCACCUCUUGGGACGAUCUGGCUGACAAGUUCGUGCACCGGUACUAUCCAGCAUCGAAGACUACAGAGAUUCAGCGGGAGAUCACUCACUUCCGCCAGGAGCCAGAUGAGUCACUUCGUGAUGCUUGGGAGCGGUACAUGGGCUAUUUCUGGCAGUGCCCCCAUCAUGGCUUCAGCGAUGCAUUCACAGCGGGGAACUUCUACAGUGCCCUUUCGCCAGAUAGCCAGAGGGUGAUUGAGUCUUUAUGCCCAGGAGGGGAUAUUCUUACCAAGACUCCACCCGAGCUGAACCAGAUGAUCAGUACUUUGGCUGCCAGAGAUCAUUCUUGGGGACAGGGUAGCCGAGGCACACAGUCCCGGGACCGUGGUGUGCACGCCAUGGAGACCAGAUCCGGGCUCGAGCAGCAGGUAGCUGAGCUAGUGCAGACAUUGAAGCAGCCCAACAGUCUGAUUCCGGGUAGAGGUUUGGCUACACCUCCAGUUGCUCAGUGUCAGUGGUGUGAGAGCUCCAGUCACCUAGUGGAGGACUGCCAGGCUAUGAGGGAGUCUACCACACCCCAGGAGCAGUUGGCCUUCAUCGCCAAUGCGAGGCGCCUCGAUCCAUACAGUAGCACAUAUAAUGAGGGGUGGCGCCAGCAUCCCAACUUCGCCUGGAGCAGCAACACCACUAAACCACCUGGUUUCCCAGCACCAGCAGGUGGUUUUCAGCAGAGGCAGCCCUACCAGGCUCGCCAGGGGCCAGACCCACAGCAGCAGCCCUACCAGCCUAGGCAGGGCCAGCCAUUCCAGCAGCCCCAGCGCCAGUUUGCCGAGCCAGCAGCAGGUCCGGCCCCAAAUGACAGGAUGACGAAGCUGGAAAACAUUCUAGCUUCGUUCAUGACUAGCACCCAGGCUGCUAUCACAUCACUAGAGGCAGGUCAGCGGAACCAGGGUGCCAUUUUGCAGGAUCUGCAGACCCAUGUGGGCAUCUUGGCCCGCCAAAACACUACCAGGGCACCGGGGACUCUGCUUGCCACCACUGUUCCUAAUCCUCGAGAUCCUCACCAGCAUCAGCAGCUGGAUGACAUUUUUACCAGGAGCGGUAAGGUCAUAUCUGCUGAUCCUGUCCCGGCCAGACAGGAGGAACCACUACCUGCUUCAGCACUUCCAACCGACGAUGCAGAAGUGCGGGUGGAGAAGGAAGCCCCUGCUCCCAAGCCACAACCAGUGGUUAAAGAGCAUGUACCCCAGCUUCCCUUCCCCACUCGCCUACACAAGGACAAGCUGGAGACUGAGUUUGCCAAGUUCAUGGCAAUGUUGAAGCAGCUCAACAUCAGCAUACCGUUCAUGGAGGCACUGUCGAAGAUGCCCAAGUAUGCCAAGUUCAUGAAAGAUAUCUGCACCAACAAGAAGAAACUUGGGGAUCUCUCGAUAGUGAUGCUGAGCGAGGAGUGUUCUGCUAUCCUGCAGAACAAGCUGCCCGAGAAGCGCAAGGAUCCAGGGAGUUUUACUAUCCCUCUUACUAUUGGCAGCAUGCAUGUAGGCAAGUCCUUGGCGGACCUAGGCGCUAGCAUUAACGUCAUGCCAUAUAAGUUGUAUAAAAUGCUAGACCUAGGUGAACUUAGCCCUACUAGGAUGAGCAUUCAAUUAGCUGAUCGUUCUAUUGUGCAUCCUAGGGGAAUCAUAGAGGAUCUGCUUGUUGGUGUUGGUGCAUUCACAUAUCCUGUUGAUUUUGUUAUUCUUGAUAUACAUGAGGAUGUGGAUGUGCCGUUGAUUCUAGGUAGGCCAUUUCUUGCCACCGCCAAGGCACUAAUUGAUGUGCAUGAUGGUAAGUUGAUCUUGCGUGCUGGGGAUGAACAGGCUACUUUUUCUGUGACUGAGUUUGAUCACUGUGCUAUGAUUGCUGUCACGCCUGUGCAUGCUAUGUCUGAUCAGGUACACGAGCCUGUCGUGUAUCCUUCUGCUCCUCUCAUUUUGCAGGACCCUCCUAUCAUUCCUUCGCCGUCACUCCAUCCAGCCUCGCCUCCGAACAAAAAGCUCAAGGAGGAGUGGCGGCCGAAGCAGUAGGUUGCUAAGCCUGCACGGAAGAAGAGUGGCGACCACUAUGAGCUGGUCCCACCUCCUGCACCACGACCACCCUGGCCGUCCGGGUACUCACUCGCCUGCAUCUUGCCAGAUGGGCAGGUCGAGCUGACUGAUGAUAGUGGUCGCAUCCGUCGGGUGCAUGGCCACAACCUAAAGCUGUACCUCAAGAGCGAAGUGGAUCCGCUCUUGGAGGCACCUGUUCCUGCACCUCCCUGAGUAUCCACCAUGGGCGUCCAGCUAAUACGACGGUAAAGAAGCGCUUGUGGGGAGGCAACCCCACCUCGGUUUGAUUUUCUUUCUUGUGUUUUGCGUCGGAUUGUAACCCGGUUUGGGUUUGGUUGGUUUUCUUUUGGUUUGGAUGAUAUUUUAUUGGGCUGACCAUUGAACCUAACAUAUUGUGUUUGAGCUCUUCUGUUUCCCUUCGGCUGUGCUUGCCCCGACUGGCCCGUUUCCAGUCUCCUGCAGUCCGUGCAUACCGGUAACAUCGUUCCCUUAUCCUUCCCUCUUCUCCAUUGAGGGCAAUGUCGAUCUUAAGUGUGGGGGGGUAUUUAUCUUUUGACUGCAUUAGAUCUGUUUGUGUGCUUGGAGCCUAUCUGUUUGUGUGCUUGGAGACUAGUCCACUGUCCAAAUUUUUAAAUUUGAGGGCUCCAAGUACGUGUUUCCUUGCAAUUGCCUGCUCAGUAUGCUUUGAAUUGACAGUCUUUAUAGUAAUAUGCAACCUAGGGAGGUAGUGUAGCACUAUGGAGGAUGUUGAUGCAUUUAAGAAGUCUCAUUGCUUCUUCAUAUUGAGUUGGUUGAUUGAGUGAAUUAGUGAUCUUAGGACCCUUGAAUUGUGUGGUGUUGUGGAUUCUCUACCUGUCAUGGACUCUUGUUUCAUGUUUUGAGUUUAACAGGUGCUCGAAAAUGUGCUUUAAAAUAACGUCUCCCGUGCGAAUAGGGCGAAAGUGUGUAAGGGGAGACGGGAAUUCGUUCCCAAUUUCCACCUACUACCUCCAGCCCCCUUACAUGUCUUUCCCCCGCACGAGGCUCGAGACAUCCGCUCCUGGCAUGGCCGGUAAGAGCAGGUUGGGACCCUUGAAAAGAAAACAAGAAAAGAAAAAUAACAGAAAACAAGCAAAACAGAAAAAAAAGGGUUCCAACCAUCUUCAAAGAAAAUCGAGCACCUUGAAAAAUGUGAGUCCAUGAUCCUUUGUUUUGAGAAUCUCUCCAUCCACGAUUCAUUUGUCCUCUGUUCACUGUUUGCCAUGAUGCCGACUCGCCGAAGAAGCUAUGAGAUGACUUGUGCGUCAGUUGACCUCGUAAGUUGCUAAAUGAUCUAGGAAGUCCUCUGCCUAAGAUCUGGGUUGUUUGUUGCUAUAGAGGUCUGGAGAGUUGCAUUGGUUUGAGUUAGGUUUGCUUGGGGACAAGCAAACGGUUAAGUGUGGGGGAGUUUGAUAACGAUGUAAUUGCACAUGUUUGCGCCCCUAGUUCUUAUCCGUUUGAGGGGCAUAGUCGUGUGUUUUGGCCUAUUUUACGCCGGGUUGUGCUAUUUUAUCAUGUUUCAGGUCCCAGGCGUCAAAGGGAAGGCUAACCACGAGUUUCGGGGCAUUUGGAAGUCACUUCGGUGAGCUGGAGCCAAAACACGGGCAGCCUAAAGCAUUACACGGCCGUGUACUGCUGGCCGUGCUUUUUAUGCCGAGAGCAAAUUCAGUUUGGCCAAUUCAGCUGCAAACACGGGCACCGAAGCACGGCCGUGUUCAGUCAAAGCACGGCCGUGUACAUGGCGAAGCACGGCCGUGUUUAACCCACUUGCUGGCCGUGUAAUUAAGCCCUGGCCGAGGC